AACGAUUCCAUCAAUUCCCUGGACAGCCAUCAGGGAAAUCCAUCGAAAUACGCGUCGCACUCACUUUCACGUCCUCCGCGCAACCGCAGAAGCCCUUUAUUGGCAUUUGCGCGUGUUUUUCGCAUCGAUCCAAACACUCUUGGGCUGCUUGACGUACCCCUGUCUGCGUCACCGGCGCUUCUCCGCCAGCGCUGAGCUGCGACCAGCAGGAUGGGCGUUAUUCGGAAGAAAAUUGCUGCAAGAGGCGGAGAGGGUGGCGUGAAAUACGUUUGUGAUGUUUGCUCGGCGGAUAUUACUUCCACCGUCCGCAUCAGAUGCGCCCACAGCGCCUGCAACGAGUACGACCUUUGCGUGCAAUGUUUCGCCAACGGCCGUUCCAGCAACGCGCACCAGCCGGCGACGCAUCCCUACCGGGUCAUUGAGCAGAACUCGUUCCCCAUCUUCGACCGAGAAUGGGGCGCCGACGAGGAGCUUCUCCUUCUGGAAGGCGCAGAGAUCUAUGGCCUGGGAUCAUGGGCAGACAUUGCCGAUCACAUCGGCGGGUACCGGCACAAGGACGAGGUCCGCGACCAUUACCUAAAAGUCUACAUUGAAUCGCCAAACUUUCCGCUCCCGAAGCGAUGCAGCCCGCACGAUAUGGAACUGGCAAACGAGAUUUCAAGAGAAGAAUUCCAGGCCCGCAAGAAGCGCAGGAUUGAGGAACGGAGAGAAGCUGCCAAGAAUGCUCCUGCGCUACAGCCGAAGACCAAACCGACUGCCAGCGUACCGUCCUGCCACGAGAUUGGAGGGUACAUGCCUGGGCGUCUGGAGUUCGAGGUGGAAUACGCCAAUGACGCGGAAGAAUCCGUGCAACUUAUGCAGUUUGAUCCGGGUGACGGCAUCAACCCACGCACCGGCGAGCUGGAGCCCGAGAUGGAGCUCAAGCUCACCGUGAUGGAGAUCUACAACUGCAGGUUGACACAGCGGGUUGAGCGAAAGAAGGUGAUGUUUGAGCACAACCUGCUGGAUUAUAGGGAGAACAGCAAGGCCGAAAAGAAGCGGUCGAAGGAGGAGCGCGAUCUUCUCCUUAAGGCAAAGCCUUUCGCGCGCAUGAUGAACCGGGUCGACUUCGAGCAGUUCUGUCAGGGCCUUAUCGAUGAGCUCAACCUCCGACAAGCGAUUGCACAGCUGCAGGAAUGGCGCAGUCUCAGGAUUGGCGACCUCCGAAGCGGCGAGAAGUACGAGCAGGAGAAGGCGGCGCGCAUUCAGAAGUCCAUACCUUUGGGAUCUAUGGAUCGCGAAAGAUUGGCUGCCACGCAGCGGAACAAGCAGCCACCGCCUCCAGAGCCCCCAAGUGGUGCCGCCCUCCUGGUCGCCCCAGAGCUCCCGAUUCGCUCCGCGGCGACAAACGGCGAAGGACCGAACGGCAUCAAGACCGAGGCCAACGGGGGCCACGUUGACGGUGGAAGCGUUGUCGUCGUGAACGGCGCAGCUUCCUCACGACAGCGAUACAUUCCGCCGCCAAUUCCCGGCGUGCAACCCAUGCAGCUCACUCAAGACAAUGCACCGGACCUCCAUCUUCUUACAUCGGACGAGAUUAAACUUUGCGAAACGCUUCGCAUCCAGCCGAAGCCGUAUCUGAUGAUCAAGGAACAGAUCCUCAAGGAGGCCGUGAAGGGCAACGGGAGUCUCAAGAAGAAACAAGCCAAAGAGAUCUGCCGCUUGGACUCGCAGAAGGGUGGGAGAAUUUUUGAUUUUAUGGUCAAUGCUGGUUGGGUGGUGAAAGCUUGAUUCGGGGACAGCAGCUGUGUCCACUUUGGCGGGAUCUCUCCAUGGCGGAAGUUGGGAUGCUUCCUUUUUUACGGGCGUUGGGGUUGGCGGGGCGUGAUACCACACAGCGAUGGAAAUUAGUCUUGCAUGAUUUAUGAUUACAUAGCUUUGCAAUGGCAAUUUUGCACAUGGCCUUUGGCAAC